AUGUCGUUUCUCAGAGCACUCUGGAGAAAUUCCUUUCAGGUGGUGAAACAGACUAACGACCAGUUCGACUUUGACGCUCCGUUUAGUGAGCUCGGUUUUCUUGGUGUUCCACAUCGCUCCAGUUGCACUCUGAAACCUACCUCAUCGUGCCUGGUGAACCUCACGGAAUGGCCACCAUUCAUCGUAACUUUGGACGAAGUGGAGCUGGUACACUUCGAGCGUGUUUCUUUCCAACUGAAGAAUUUCGAUAUGGUUUUCAUAUUCAAAGAUUACAGUCGUAAAACUCAGAUGGUGCAGCAAAUUCCGAUGAGUAGUCUAGAUAGCGUAAAGGAAUGGCUGAAUACCAGUGAUUUGCGUUAUACUGAAGGAAUACAGUCUUUGAACUGGCCGAAGAUUAUGAAGACAAUUACGGAUGAUCCGGAAGAAUUCUUUGAAACUGGAGGAUGGAAUUUCCUUGCUAACGAUUCGGAUGCUGAUGCUGAGCCAGAGGUAAGCUAG